CACCAGUUCCAUCCGGUGACCGAGGCGCGAAUCGCAGCUUGGACGAUUUGGGUAUCGCGGGUACAUCUGUUGAGCAACAGUCCACGAUGGGAUUGGAUCCCAAGAGGCGGUCAGGCCGCAGAGAGACAGGGCCUUGGGCGUUGUCUCGACAGGGAGUCGGACAAGCCCGGGUCGCGGUUAAUGGAAAAGGAAAAGACUGAGAGUGUGGGGAAUUGCCACGAGUUCGCCGUUUAUCACGUUGUCCAGCAAUGUGAGCAAUGGUGCAAUGGGAAGGGCGCCGUUAGCGGUGAACUCGAGUGA